CGGGAAGCCACCGGGCAGCGGAGUCAGUGCAGGAGCCCGGGAGCUCGGCAGACCGGCCCCUCGUAGGUAGCAGGCAGGUGACACACACGGAAGCACACAUGCGGCUGACGGGGAUGCGGGCGGGCGCUCACGUGUGCAGAAACCCACCGGCUUGUCUCUAUGCUGAGUGGGCACCUGCCGUGAGUGGCUCCGGGCGUGGCUGCUCGUCGGACUUCCAGUUUCUGAAAGGCCUUUGACGAGACUGGCGUGACAAAGGUGGCCCUGAGGUGUCCAGAGAGCCCGGACAAUGAUGAUCACUGAGUGAGUGGCACUGGGCUGCACCCGGGCCAUCUGUUGACUGACAGCGAGGGAUGCUAGCAGUUAGAAAGGUGAGGAGGAAACUCAGGAUGGGGACCAUCUGCUCUCCCAACACCAGCGGGACAAAGACAUCAUCGGAGGUCUGCAAUGCUGACUGGAUGGCCUCGCUCCCCCCUCACCUGCACAACGUCCCCCUCUCCCAACUGGCAAUCCCAGGCUCCCAUGAUUCAUUCAGCUACUGGGUAGAUGAGAAGUCUCCAGUGGGACCUGACCAAACCCCAGCUAUCAAACGCCUGGCCCGGAUCUCCUUGGUGAAGAAGCUAAUGAAGAAAUGGUCUGUGACUCAGAACCUGACUUUCCGGGAACAGCUCGAAGCUGGGAUCCGCUACUUUGAUCUUCGUGUAUCUUCCAAACCAGGGGAUGGUGACCAGGAAAUCUACUUUAUCCAUGGGCUCUUUGGCAUAAAAGUCUGGGAUGGAUUGAUGGAGAUUGACUUGUUUCUUACACAGCACCCUCAAGAGAUUGUCUUCUUGGAUUUCAACCACUUCUAUGCCAUGGAUGAAGCCCAUCACAAAUGCCUAGUUCUCCGCAUCCAGGAGGCCUUUGGAAACAAGCUAUGCUCAGCCUGUAGUGUGGAAAGUAUGACACUUCAAAGCCUAUGGGAGAAGAAGUACCAGGUUCUUAUUUUCUAUCACUGUCCUUUCUACAAGCAAUACCCCUUCCUGUGGCCAGGAAAGAAGAUUCCAGCCCCCUGGGCAAACACCACAAGUGUGCGCAAACUGAUCCUCUUCUUGGAGACCACUCUCAGUGAGCGGGCCCCCCAAGGCUCCUUCCAUGUCUCUCAAGCGAUUCUGACCCCAAGAGCAAAGACCAUUGCCCGGGGCCUGGUUGGUGGUCUCAAGAACACCCUGGUUCAUAGAAAUCUUCCUGCCAUCCUGGACUGGGUGAAAACUCAGAAGCCUGGUGCCAUGGGUGUCAACAUCAUCACAUCUGACUUUGUCGACCUAGUGGACUUUGCCACAACCGUUAUCGAGUUGAAUGACCUCCUGCAGGAGAAUAGAGCUUUGGCAAAAUGCUGAUUUAAUUUCUUAUUUAACUUAAUGUUGAAUGUGUUGAGCCAGGGUAGAGUUCUGAAGGGUUUCCUGUUAGGAUGGCCCCUGGGCCAUGAUGGUGUAAUAAGAAGAGGAGGGCAUUUUUUUCCCCUCCUCACAGGGCCAUUGCAUAAAAUUACAGGACUUUUAAUUGAUUUUUUUUUCCAAAUGAGACUUUUAAAUAACCUAAGUCCAAGGGAAGAAAACAUAUUUCAUGUGAUCAAGGUCAGAAUAUAUGCAAUGGCUCUUGGUGCUGAAUGUAAUAUGGAAAUGGGGACUCCAAGGCCCAUUGGGGUAUUGAAUGUCCCCCUAAUUAACCCUGUUUCCUGUUAGCUUCCCUGUUUGGGCCCAUGAGAAGGCUGAAUCACAAAGGCUUUCCAGCAAAAGAAUGAUUCAUUGCUGGUAUAGCCAGCCUUUCUAGGGUGGUUUUAUACCAGCCUGGAGCGCUGAAGAGAGGAAGGACCAAGAUCUGGUUCUCUCUAGGAUGUUGAAUGUCACCACUUCUUCCCUGAGAGAUUUAUUUACCACUAAAGUAUUUCAACCUCGAACUGCUGGUAACUGAUCACUUUCAUUCUUUAGAUAAAUAAUGCAUACUAUCCUCAGUGUCAGAAAUGAGUUUCCCAGUUAUAAAACUAUUUCUUUCUGGCCCUUUCUUGAAAAUGAAAGGAAGAAAGAUAAGAGAACUUUCUGGUGUGGACACAAUAAGAGGGAGACAUGCAUGUUUGCAUGCCAUUUAAUUUAAUUGUGUAGCUUUUCUCAAAAUGACUGCUAGGUAAGCACAGGCAUCAUUUUGGCAAAGUCCUCUCUGGAGUGGGAUCUCCAAGCCAGAUCUUGGAAUUGCAUGCCAUUUUUGUCUGCCUCGGACUCAUAUCUGGGCUGAUGGAAGGCUUCUAGUCCAUGACACCAUGAAGGCAGACAUGGGAAAGUGCAAUGGAUUUAAGAGGAAGCUCCAAGUGGGUUUGGAGCCAUUCUGUAAUUCCUUGGAAACAAGACUACC